GUGCUCUUUCUCUCGUCUCUGCUGUCCUCAACCGCUUCAUCAUCCCUCCCCACCUCCCCUUCACACCUCCCCUCCUCCCCGCCUCUUCUGUGACAGCACAGCACAUUGAGAAUGAGCGCCAUGUCGUCGACUACCAUCCCGCCCACAAAGCUGUCUGCCGUCGCACCCGGCACUAAGCUCGACUCGGACGCACUUAUCGUCCCCGUCUCUACUGGCGACAAUGGCGUGCAGCUCGGUGAUGCGCACGGCUUGAAGGGCGACCGCGCGUCGAGUCUGUCAGCGCAGCUCGCCCGGCUCGGCUUCAAGGGCAAGGCCGGCUCGAUCACCUCGCUUCCGGGCGUAGAGGGAGACCCUGCGCCGGUGCUCAUCUUCGCCGGUCUCGGCAAGCCGGAGAAGGACGGGUCCAUCAAGUCAGAGACCCUGCGUCGUACUGUGGGCGCGGCCAUCCGUGCUGCCUCGGGCAUGGAGCUCGCCUCGGUCGCCAUCGCUGUGCCCGACAGCGCUGAGCUCCUCACCGCCGCGGCGGAGGGUGCGUCUCUCGGCGCAUACGCCUGGAACUCGUACAAGAGCAAGGACACUAGCGCACCUGUGGCGGUGAUUCAGCUCGUGUCUUCGGCGUCGGACGCCGCUGAGACGGUGCGUCGGGCCGAGAUCGCGGCGCGCCACGCUAAGGGGGCCCGCAACCUUGUCAACACUCCGCCGUGCGACCUCUAUCCGGAGACGUUCGCGCAGCGCGCAAUCGAGCUGGCCUCGAAUCUUGAUGGUGUCACCGUCGAGGUGUGGGACGAGAAGCGGCUCGCCGAGGAGAACUGCGGUGGACUGGUUGGUGUCGGGCAGGGCUCGUCGAAGCCGCCGCGUCUCGUCAAGGUCGCCUAUACGCCCAACGGCAUGACCAACCCCAAGCAUCUCUCAAUCGUGGGCAAGGGCGUGACCUUUGACUCUGGAGGCAUUUCGCUCAAGCCUUCGGCUAAGAUGCACGAAAUGAAGGGCGACAUGGGUGGUGCCGCCGCGACGCUGCACGCCGUGCUCGCGGCCGCAGAGCUGCAGGUGCCUGCCCGCGUUACGGGCUGGCUUUGUCUGGCGGAGAACAUGCCCAGCGGCACGGCGCUCAAGAACGGCGACGUGAUCCGCCAGCGCACGGGCACGACCGUCGAGAUUCACAACACCGACGCCGAGGGCCGCCUCGUCCUCGCGGACGGCCUCGCCGUAGCCCAGUCCAAGGAGACGGGCUACGGCACCGAGGACGCCGACCCGGACCUGCUCAUCAACGUCGCGACGCUCACGGGCGCGCAGCUCGUCGCGCUCGGCAUGCGUACAGCCGGCCUCAUGGGCGACGACAAGGCCGUCAAGGCCGUCCAGGCCGCCGCGGCCGUUACGGGCGAGCAGUUCUGGGCCAUGCCCUUCCCCGACGAGAUGCUUGAGGACCUCAAGAGCACCACGGCCGAUCUGAAGAACAUUGGCGGCAUCCCCAUGGGCGGCAUGCUCAAGGCUGGUGUUUUCCUCCAGCAGUUCGCUGGCGACAAGGGCAACUGGGCGCAUCUCGACAUUGCCGGCCCGGCAGCCAACUUUGGCUCUCCGUGGGGAUACACCCCGACCGAGGGUACCGGGUUUGCGGUGCGCACACUGGUAAAGGUGGCUGAACAGCUUGCCGCGUAAGCGAUGGGUGCACGUGGAGGACAGCAGUCGAGACACAUGUAUUUAACGUUACAUUCGGCUCAUCUGGCCUGUCGGAUCCCCGCCGCGAUUGUGUGAGCACUUGCUGCGUGGGAAUGCAAUGUCGCAUAUGGAGGUCGGCAUACGGGGCACCUCCCAGUGCCCCCGCGUCCUGUGACGACGUCUAGCCCAAUUGCAACAACACCGCCCCACCGGCCUGACAGAGACAGCGGCGUAGCCAUCGCAAUCAAUGUACUUCGCCAUAGAUGACCGGCCAACAUGCGAUCGUCGUUAUCACAUCAUCCUGCUCGUCCUCAUUUCGUCUCGAGUUGACCCA